GUCCCGCCCAACCCACUGCGCAGGCGUGGCGCGCGGCGUUCCGUUUGAAGACAUGGCGUCGGUCCCGCGGCUGGUUCUGUGUGAGGAAAAGAUCCGGGAAAAGGGCGGCCUGGCGCCUCACCGCGACCUGGCUGAGCUUCAGUCAUUGUCUGUUCCUGGAACUUACCAGGAAAAAAUUACUCACCUGGGAACUUCUCUGAUGAAGUUGACAGGUUUGAGGUCUUUGGAUCUCUCCCGCAACUCCUUGGUUAGUCUGGAGGGCAUUCAGUACCUGACUGCGCUGGAAAGCCUCAAUCUCUACUACAAUUCAAUCUCCUCAUUGUCUGAAGUCUUCCGGCUCCACUGCCUGACAGAGCUCCGGGACGUGGACUUUAGGCUGAACCCUGUGGUGAAGAGCGAGUCCGAUUAUCGCCUAUUUGUGUUGCACAUGCUUCCCCGACUGCAGCAGCUGGAUGAUCGUCCUGUGAGGGACAGCGAGCGGAAGGCUUCAAAGAUGCAUUUUGCUUCCGAGGACUCAGUGGACUCAAGGGAAAGCUUCCCAGCUGCCGUAAGAGCUCCAAGAUCCCUGCCCUCCCAAGCCCGGUGCACAGAUACCUCUGCCAAGAAGUGCUUGGUCAUGGAUGCUGAUGACGAGGCUGUCCUGAACCUCAUCGCUGAGUGCGAGUGGGACCUGAGCAAUCCACCCCGGAGCAGCAGCUCCAGCCAGAGGGAGCGCGAGACUGACCUCCACAGCACUCCAGAGUCAGACCCGUUGGCGCAGCACCAAUGUGGGGAUUCUGUGAAGAAGGGCCAGGAACCUUUCCAGAGGAAAGGCAGCUCCAGAGGGAUAUGUGUGGGGAGACAGCCUCAGGACCACCACUGUGGAGAACUCCCCGCACAGUUCGGCUCUCUCCAGGCCUUCCGUGUGUGUGGACCCCACGGCCACUUCACCCCUCAUCCAGGACCUGGUAUGGCAGGGCCUUCUCUUGUUACAGACUCUGUGGAUGUUGGGGACUUGGCCUCCUCUUCUCAGAAGUCGAGUUUGUCGGCACCAAAGGUCCCUGGUGUUCUGCCCACUCCCGAGAAGUUCCGGAAGUGGCGGAUGCCUGGGGGCAGGUUCCAGGCCCCUUCGGACCAGGAGAGUCUUAGCUGCCUGGAGGAGGGGCUGAGCAGGCUGAGUGAGGCCUCGGAAGGCAGGGGCAGCAGGGCCUUUUCUCUUUCGGAGGCAUCGGAGGAAGUGGAAGAGCCACGUGCCCAGAGGACCAAUGAUGCCAGAGAGCCGUCUCCCAGAGUGCACUUGGCAACCGCCCCUGGCACAAGGACUGCCUUGGAGGUAGCCUUCCUGGGAGCCAUCCUUGACCUGGUGGACAGGUACUGGAGCGGCUGCAAGUCCCUGCACAGCAACGAGGCAUUUCUCGCUCAAGCAAGACACAUCUUGUCAUCUGUUCCCGAGCUGACAGUAGCUCAGGACACAUCAGCAGGUGUGAGUGAAGAUAUGAACUUCCUGACUCUUGAGAACAAAUCUUUGCAAAACCAUCUUGCCGAGCAGCAGCAGCAGCAUGCCCAGAAAAUGAGCGAGGUGAUGUCGGAACUCCAUGAAGCGCGGCAGGAGAUGGGCGACUUGAAGCAGCAUUUGGACAAGUCUCUGGAGGAGAACAGCAGCCUGAAGUCCCUCUUGUUCAGCAUGAAGCAAGAAAUGGAAAGUGCAGAGGCUUCCGUAGUGCUCAACUCACAGAUCACUGGGCUUCAGACAAGUGUGAAGCUGCUAUCAGAGGAGGUGGUGGAGCUGAAGCAGCACCUGGAGCGCUAUGACCAGAUCCAGGAGCUCACACACAUGCUGCAGGAGAGCCACAGCUCCCUGGUCAGCACCAACGAGCACCUGCUGCAGGAGCUGAGCCAAGCGCGGGCACAGCACAGGGCGGAGGUGGAGCAGAUGCACUGGAGCUACCAGGAACUCAAGAAGACCAUGGCCCUGUUCCCGCGGUGCAGCGCCAGUCCCGGUGGCCGCCAGUCCUGCUGAGCCAGAGGCAUGCACCCUCAUGUUCCUUCACCUGGUGAGCAGCCUCACCCGUCGCAACUCGGUGCUUUCAGGGC